AUGGAAAUCGAAAAUAGCGAGCAAGCGAUUGAUGAGGGGCUUUACUCUAGACAGCUCUAUGUUCUUGGCCAUGAAGCUAUGAAGAAAAUGGGAAGUUCUAAUGUUCUUAUCGUAGGUUUAAAGGGUCUUGGUGUUGAGAUUGCAAAAAACGUCGUACUAGCUGGCGUUAAAAGUGUCACCCUUUACGAUCCCGAGCCAGUCAAGAUUUCCGAUUUGUCAUCGCAAUUUUUCCUUCAUGAAGAUGACAUAGGAAAACCCAGAGCUACAGUAUCUAGGCCACGGUUGGCCGAACUCAAUCAAUAUGUACCUGUAUCUAUAUUGGAAGGAGAGUUGACGAAUGAUAAAAUAAGGAAUUUUCAGAUUGUUGUGUUGACAGAAACACCACUAAAAAAACAAUUGGAAAUUAACGAUUUCACUCAUGCUAAUGGAAUACAUUUUAUUUCAACUGAUAUUCAUGGUCUUUUCGGCAUGGCUUUUACCGAUUUUGGACCUCGAUUCACUGUCAAUGACACCACGGGUGAGAAUCCAUUAACAGGCAUGGUCGCUGCAAUCUCAAAAGACAUUGACGGAAUUGUAACGUGUCUUGAUGAAUCGCGACAUGGCUUGGAAGAUGGUGAAUAUGUGACUUUUACUGAAAUUAAGGGUAUGGAAGAAUUGAACAAUUGUGAACCAAGAAAAAUUAAAGUACUAGGUCCUUAUACUUUUAGUAUUGGUGAUACUUCAAACUUUGGUGACUAUAUUAGUGGUGGUCUUUUCACACAAGCCAAACAGCCAAAAACCAUUUGUUUUAAAUCUUUUCGAGAAGCUUUACAAAAACCCGAAUAUCUUGUUUCCGAUUUUGGUAAAUGGGAUCGACCUGGGCAAUUACACUUGGGUUUCCAAGCGUUACAUGCAUUUACCGAAAAAAAUGGUUCUCUUCCUCGUCCGCAUAACGAACAUGAUGCAGAAGAAGUUCUUAAGUUGGCCAAAGAGCUUAAUGAGCAAUGCGAGGAAAAGGUUGAACUAAGCGAUAAACUUAUCAAACAACUUGCAUAUGAUGCAGUUGGUGAUUUAUCACCAAUGGCUGCAGUAUUCGGAGGUUUGGUAGCCCAAGAAGUACUCAAAGCAUGCAGCGGCAAAUUCCACCCAAUCUAUCAAUUCUUCUAUUUCGAUUCACUAGAAUCACUUCCUGAGAAUGAGAAAUUCGGUGAAGAGGAAUAUGCACCAUGUGGUUCUCGCUAUGAUGGUCAAAUAGCAGUUUUUGGUAAAGAAUUUCAAAGUCGAAUUGCAAAUUUCAGAGCUUUCUUGGUUGGUUCCGGCGCCAUCGGUUGUGAAAUGUUAAAAAAUUGGGCUAUGAUGGGUUUAGGAACUGGUCCUAGUGGUGCCAUUCAUAUUACGGAUAUGGAUACUAUUGAAAAAAGUAAUCUAAACCGUCAAUUCUUGUUUCGACCUGGAGAUGUCGGCAAAUUAAAAUCUGAAUGUGCAGCAGCAGCUAUUGCUAAAAUGAAUCCUCAAAUAGCGUCCAAGAUUAUUUCCCAUCAAGAUCGUGUUGGAGUUGAAACCGAAAAUAUUUAUAAUGACAAUUUCUUUGAGGCAUUGGAUGUUGUUACAAACGCGUUAGAUAAUGUUGAUGCUCGUAAAUAUAUGGACAGACGUUGUGUAUAUUUUAGGAAGCCAUUAUUAGAGUCUGGAACAUUAGGCACAAAGGGUAACACACAAGUUGUUAUUCCUUACCUUACAGAGUCAUACUCUUCUUCACAAGAUCCACCAGAAAAAUCAAUUCCAAUUUGUACUUUAAAAAAUUUCCCCAAUGCUAUUGAACAUACCAUUCAAUGGGCACGUGAUUUAUUCGAGGGAUUGUUUAAAUCUCCAGCUGAAAAUGUCAAUUUAUAUUUAAGUCAACCUAACUUCGUUGAUUCAACAAUAAAACAAGGCACUAGUUCGAAAGAGAUUUUAGAGGGCAUUCGAAAUUAUCUAGUCACCGCUAAACCACUAAGUUUUGAUGAGUGUAUCAUGUGGGCCAGACUCAAGCUUGAAGAAUAUUUUAAUAAUAAUAUUCAACAAUUGCUCUUUAAUUUUCCGAAAGAUUCCGUCACAUCAUCUGGUACAAAAUUUUGGUCCGGUCCUAAAAGAGCACCUGACCCGCUUGUGUUUGAUCCAGAAAAUGAAACUCAUAUGGACUUUAUUGUAUCCGCUGCAAAUUUGCAUGCAUUCAACUAUGGUUUGACGGGUGAAACUAAUAGAGAGUACAUUAAGAAGGUACUAAGUAAUGUUAUUGUGCCUGAAUUCAUACCUAAAUCUGGUGUGAAAAUUCAAGUUCAGGAAAAUGAAACCGUUCAACAAAUCACUGCUGAUGAAAAUGAAUUACAAGAAAUUGUUUCAUCUCUACCACCAUCAUCAUCUUUGGCAGGAUAUCGAUUAAAUCCUGUAGAAUUCGAGAAGGACGACGAUACCAAUUUCCACAUGGAUUUUAUCACUGCCGCUUCGAAUCUACGGGCCGCCAACUACGCUAUUCAACCUGCAGACCGUCAUAAGACUAAGUUCAUUGCUGGUAAAAUUAUACCGGCUAUCGCUACAACAACUUCAUUGGUAACCGGGCUAGUUUGUCUAGAAUUAUAUAAAAUUAUUGCGGGAAAAAAUAAGCUGGAGGAUUACAAAAAUGGUUUUGUGAAUUUAGCUUUACCGUUCUUUGGAUUCUCUGAUCCUAUUGCCAUGCCAAAAUAUAAGUAUCAUGAAUCGGAAUGGAGUUUGUGGGACCGAUUUGACAUCGAAGGAGAUCUUACUCUUUCUGAAUUCUUGAAUUAUUUCAAAGAAAAUCACGAAUUAGAAGUCACAAUGUUGUCUUGUGGGGUUACUAUGUUAUAUGCUUUCUUCAUACAAGGGAAGAAAAAGGAAGAACGUAAAAACAUGAAAUUAUCCCAAUUAGUGGAAACUAUUUCUAAAAAACCGAUUCCACCACACGUCAAUGCACUCACUUUAGAAAUGUGUGUGAACGAUCGUGAUGGUGAAGAAGUUGAGGUAAAUCGCUAA